AUGCGCGAAGCUACACUUGAUGAUGAACGAUCUUCGCCAGUUGGAGCUGCGCUAGAAGUUUUUCGGCGUCGCAGUUCACAGCGUUGUCGGGUUUCGCGCUCCCAUUCAUCAAGACGACAGUUGAAGCAUGUUUUCAAAAUAGUAAUUGCUGGAAACCAUGAAUGCACAUUCGACGACCGCUUUAUGAAAGCUACAGGAAAAGAUCUUAGCGAAAAGGAGUUCGCGAUAAAGCAAACACUCAGCGACAGUUUUUCGGUGCAUGAGGUGAAAAAUGCAAAACAGAAUUUGAAAAACUGCAUUUAUCUGGAGGAUAGCUCCGUUGAAUUGUUUGGUCUACAGAUUUAUGGGACGCCAUGGUUGGUGAUCACUCUUAAAUAA